AUGGCGCAGUCGCAAACAGCAGUCCGUACUGGCAUCGAUGGCUCAUUUGUGGCAUCCCACAACAUUCCCGUGCCGUCCUGCUCCCCCGAUGCGCUCCUCGUCAAGGUAUACAGCGUGGCCCUAAAUCCGAGUGACUACAAAAUGGCGCGCCUGGUGAACAAGCCCGGACUCAUCGUUGGAUGCGACUUUGCCGGCGAGAUAGUCGAGAUUGGAUGCGAGGCAAACCGCAUUGAGCGACCGGGGCGCGCUCCCUGGGUGGUCGGAGAUCGUGUCUGCGGCGCAGUGCAUGGAAGCAACAGCAGACACCCAGCCUGGGGCGCCUUUGCGCAGUUCGUCGAAGCCGAUCCUGCCGUGUUGCUCCGAAUUCCAACGGGCUGGAACUGGCACGAUGCUGCGGCCGUGGGAGGCAGCUGUGUGGGUGCAGUUGGUCUGGCGUUGUUCUGCCAAAUGGGUCUCUCGCUCUCAGUCACUGGUGGCAGCAAUAGCAGCGCAAAUGAUCCGAAGAAAGUCGUCCUAGUGUACGGUGGCAGUUCGGCCUGCGGAACAAUGGCCUUGCAAGUGCUGAAAGCCGCAGGAUACACGCCCAUCGCAGUGUGUUCACCACACAACAACUCCCUGGCAAAGAGCUAUGGAGCGGUUGCGUGCUUCGACUAUCACUCUCCGCAAUGCGCCCAACAGGUCAAGGCCUACACGAGAAAUUCCCUGUCGCUCGUCCUGGACUGCAUCGGCACAGUGACAUCCAUGGCCCUCUGCUACGAAGCCAUUGGCCGGGCUGGCGGCCGAUACGUGUCGCUCGAGAAACUGCCUGCAGCUGCAACAUCGUCUCGCCCAACUGUGCGUUCCAGCUGGGCAAUGGGCCCGCUGAUGUUUGGCCGGCGCAUCGACAUGGGCGAGUACAGCUUUGAGCCCGAUCCGGCUGCCAGGGAUUUCGGGAGGAAAUGGUACGCCCUGGUGGAAGAACUCGUGGAAUCCGGACAACUUCGAGCCCAUCCAGUCCAAGUUCUCGAUGACGACGCAGGGAGUUGGGUUUCUGCGGUCCAGCAGGGGCUGCAAACAAUGCAGGAGGGGAAAAUAAGUGGCGUCAAACUAGUUGUCUCGGUUGCGAAGUAG